AUGGCCACAGCAGAAUCCAACCAGUUCCACCGGGCCGCCUCGUCGGGGUCGCAGCGCCGCAAGCGCACGUCGUUCAGCGCCGAGCAGCUGCAGCUGCUGGAGCUGGUCUUCCGCCGGACCAAGUACCCCGACAUUCAUCUGCGCGAGCGCAUGGCUGCACUGACCCUGCUCCCCGAAUCCAGGAUCCAGGUGUGGUUCCAGAACAGGCGUGCCAAGUCAAGGCGUCAGAGUGGGAAAUCCUUUCAGCCCUCAGCCAGGCCAGAGCUUUUCCUCAACCACUCUGCUCCUGGAACAGAUGUGAAAUGUUUGAAGCCCCAGCUGCCUCUCCAGGUGGAUGUGAACUGCCUACUUGAUCCCAACAGGCAUGGAGCAGACUUCUCUCAUCCUAGCUCCCAAGGCCAGCAGAGUUUUGACACCUAUUCCUCUCUCCCAGAAGACAUUGAUUCAAAGCGGGGCUCAUGGGAGGGACACAUCUUUUCUGCCUUUGGUAAUUCUUGA